GCGUCCUUGGAAACGGAGCGGGAGCGGCGGGACCGGAAGGGAUCCAGAGGGAUUGACCGGGAUCCAGAGGGAUCCAGCGGAUCAUUGCUGGGAAAAAUGACAGCUGGCUCUGUCUCAGCUCCUCAGAUCUUCCCACUUCGAAUCCCACCUCCUGGGAAAGCUCAACGGGAAAUAGACACAAAUACUCUCAUAGAAAUAAAAUCAGAUACACCUGAGGCCUCUAUUUAUUACACUUUAGAUGGAAGUAAACCAGAACUCAGUAGGAAACCUGGCUAUGGGCCUUAUAACACCUUGGAGUAUAAGGGUCCUAUCAUGUUACCAGAGGGGAGAGUAAUGGUCAAGGCUCUGGCAGUUACAAAGGACUACAGGGAGAGUUCAAUUGUGACAAAGGUGUUUGUGGUAGAGUACCAGCAACCAAACUUCCUUUUCCCUGUUGAAGAUGAUGACAAGAAUUUCCUGAAAGAUAUGACCAUACAGAAUAAGGAAGGUGGAACAUUUACUACAAAACCUAAGAAGAAUAGACUGAAUGUGGAAAUCAAGCCUGCCUGGGAUGAAACAUCCCAAGACCUUCAAGACAGAAAACCUUCUCACAGAUACCCUCAAGGAGCUCAGCUCCUUGCCAGUGGUUUGGGAGCCACAGAGCUCAGAGAGGAAUCCACCUCAGCACAACCAAUGGAGUCAUUGCAGUUUACAAGUUCCUCUACAGUGACUGUCCAGAAAAGCCUAGCAAGCACACACGUGUCAAGGAUCCAGAGUGAAACAGAUUUCCUUAAAUGUGCAUAUUGUUCUGCCCCUCGCCUGUCUGAGCCCUUGGCUCACUUCUGCCAGAAAUGUGGAUCUCCCAUCCCCCCUGUGCCAUUCCAGCGCUUCCCAGUCCCCGAAGGAACACAGAUGGCACCAUGCCUUGAAUGCAGACAUCUUGUGCCAAUGAAUACACCCACUUGCAUUAUCUGUGAGGCACCAAUAGCUCCACAGCUGCAGCCCCAAAACAACAUCUGCAUUAAGGGCAAAGUCAUUUGUCAGGUGUGUGGCACAGGAAAUCCUCUUCACCAUAAGCACUGUGCAACUUGUGAGAGCAAACUGCCUGAAGUACAACUGCCUGGACCUCCUCCAUCCUACUUUGCUUGUUCCAAGUGUGGGACCAGCAACCAGCCCUAUGCUCGCUUCUGUGUGUCCUGUGGUGUGUACAUAGAGCCCCCAUCCAGACAGAGCUCUCCUGGCACUCCCAUGGACCGUGGGGACCCCCUGGCAUCCUCCCAGGCAAAACUAUUACAGGCUCAAGUUGCCUGGCAAACUUGUCCUGUUUCCUUGCCCAAAUCAAGGGCAGAACUAACAGAAAGAGAAGAUAAAGGAACCCAAACCAUUGGACUUUUUUACCCAUCCAGCAAACUGUUGGAAAAGAAGGAGCUUGAGCUGAUUUCACAAAAAGAAAAGGUGGAAAAGAUGAGUGAUCAUAAGCCUCUCCUGACAGCCAUUAGUCCUGGAAAAGGUUAUUGGAGAAAACAGCUGGAUCAUGUUUGUGCUCAUUUAAGAAGCUAUGCCCAGAACAACCCUGAAUUCAGAACACUGAUUGGAGAACCUCAAAUGGGAAAGAUCAAUUAUGCCACCAUCUCUGAAGAUGACUAUGAAGUCACUAUUACAUUGAAUUUUGCUGCUGUUAACAAGAAUAUUCAUCCUAACAGAGCAGUGAAGCUCAGCAAUGAUUAUCUGAGUGCUGGAACAGAAGUCACAGAUGGACAGGAUGGCAGUCAGACUAAUUUUGGCAGGGAUGAUCCCAAUCUUUUCCAUUCAAGAGGCAAAAUAAGGAGAACCAAGUCAAGAACACUCAUGGGAAAGGAAUCUAGGCUCUCUCCAGAGUCCAGACUGCUGCUGGAUGAACUGGGUCAGACUGGGAAAGGAAGAAUCUCGUUCAUAGAACAGUUGCUCAGUGAUGGAGCUGACCCCAACUCCCUGAGCCAGGAGGAGCGCCCUGCCCUCACAGUUGCUGUCCUGAACAAGCACACAGGAGCCAUCUCCCCUCUGGUGCAGAAAGGGGCUGACAUUGACCAGCAGUCAGGGCCGCACAACAACACAGCUCUCCAUGAGGCAGUUCUGCUGGGACUGGAAGGAGAGGAGAGCGUCCGGGCCCUGUUAGGCUGCAAUGCAAGCGUGCAAAAGAAGAAUGCAGCAGGGCACUCAGCGCUGGAUUUGGCUGUUGCAGCUGGAGAUAAUAAGGUUAUUUCACUGUUCCAAGUAAGUGGGGAUAGAGAGCACUGAACAGACUUAUGUGACACAGGAACAUGGUUCUCAUCAAUGUGUUAUUACAGCAAACUUAAUCCCCAAAUAAAGUUGAAGGUUCUUUGACUUUGGGAGCACCUGA